UGCGCAGCGAAUGGGAUGCGACCUUCCGCUCCGCCGCCCAGCCAAUGCCUGCGCAGCAAAAUCGCGCAGUCAGCACGAGGGCGACACACAGCAGCCCCAGUCUGCAAUGUGCAUGCGGCAAGCAGAUCACCAGUCUGUGACUGCAUUCUGGCUCUGAUCUGUGACUGCCUUUUGGCUCUGAUCAGACUGCUUGUGAGUUUCCCUUCCGUUUGCCUCCUCCAAGUUGCAGCGCCUUCAUUAGCUCCAAAUUCCUCGCAUUCAUCGCCAUUCCCAACACAAACUUUAGAAACUCACUUGUUGUUUAGCAAUCACCUAAACUAGACACAAUGGCUUCCGCUCUGGCCGCCGCCUCCGCCACCCUGGUGAGCAGCUUCGCCGGCAAGGUCGCUGCCACCAAGAAGAUCUCCCAGGUCAGCAAUGGCGCCAGGACCUCCAUGGUUGAGUUCUAUGGCCCUGACCGCGUUAAGUUCCUGGGCCCCUUCUCCGGUGACACCCCCUCAUACCUGAAGGGAGAGUUCGCUGGUGACUAUGGCUGGGACACCGCUGGUCUGUCCGCUGACCCCGAGACCUUCGCCAGGAACCGCGAGCUUGAGGUCAUCCACGCCCGGUGGGCCAUGCUCGGUGCUCUGGGGUGCGUCUUCCCCGAGCUCCUUGCCCAGAACGGCACCAAGUUCGGUGAGGCCGUCUGGUUCAAGGCCGGCUCUCAGAUCUUCGCCUCCGGCGGCCUGGACUACCUCGGCAACCCCAGCCUUGUCCACGCCCAGUCCAUCCUUGCCAUUCUUGCUUCCCAGGUUGUGUUGAUGGGUGCCGUUGAGGCAUACAGGGUGAACGGUGGACCUCUUGGCGAGGUUGAGGACCCCCUGUACCCCGGUGGCCAGUUCGACCCCUUGAACCUGGCUGAGGACCCCGACACCUUCGCUGAGCUGAGGACCAAGGAGAUCAAGAACGGAAGACUCGCUAUGUUCUCCAUGUUCGGAUUCUACGUCCAGGCCAUCGUCACCGGCAAGGGCCCCCUCCAGAACUUGGCUGACCACCUCGACAACCCCACUGUCAACAACGCCUGGGCAUAUGCCACCGCUUUCACCCCCGGCCAGUAGACUUAAGUCUACACACCAUUUUUUCGAAUUGUAGUAUACUGCCCCACGGACAAGCGCAAGCUAAUUAAAUAACAAGAUACAUUGACCUUGCUUUUGGUAAUAAAAGCGGAUCCGGAUCACCAUAUUCUGACUUCGUCACUACAUCCAUUUGAGAUCGAGUGAAUGACACUGUUGCGGUGGAAGAUGUAUGCACAUGAAGUGAGUGAAUAACUUAUUAUCCCU